AUGAAGAAAUCUUCUAAAGACCCAACAUCGCCCCGAACAACUAAGAAAGAGAUUUUGGAGAUUGGAUCGGUUUGUGUCCAAAACGAAGAAAAAGCUUUUAUUAAUGGAACGUUUUUUGUCUGUCUUGAGAAAGAUGUUCUUUCGUUUUGUUUUCAAUCGAAGUCGUCACUCGACGGAAAGUCAAAACACAAACAAAUUUUCAAAAUCUCCUUUGACAUCAACGAAGUGAACACCAUCUCAAUUUACACCCCCGUGAAAAAUUAUGAAACACUCUUAUUCCAAACCGAAACUCACAGACUCCCUUCGUUCUUUUUUCCCAUUCACGCCGAUCUUGGCGCAUCAAAUUUGUUAAAUACGAUUAUAGAAAAUGGCUUUACUGUCGUCCCUAAAGAUAACAAUCCGAAUGUGUACUUAGUCCACAAACGCUUUGGUCGCAUGGAUCAGUCUUUAGCCCGUUCCGAUAUGGACAUUUCCGAGAUCACUUCAUUAGACACAGAGACCGUGAAGUCAUAUGCCAACAAAGACGGGAGUUAUUCCAAAGAGUCUGAAGAGGAUAUUCGGAAGAGUGUGUAUGUGAGUGGGAUCAAAGAUGAGAGUCGAGUCUUCAUCUGGAAGUUAGUUUUGAACUAUUAUACCUUUUCUAUGACUGAGCGUGAGCGGGACGAAGUUGACCAGAAGCGGAAUCUGAUGUAUUACCGGAUCCGGUCGCAGUGGCAGAAUUUCACGGAAGAGCAAUUAAAGAAUUGGGACGAGAUGAAGAGGACGUUGGACCAAAUAGAUAAAGACGUAGCACGGACGGACAAUACACACCCCAAAUUUCUAAAGGCGGAGAAUGUUGAGAAGUUGAGGAAUGUAUUACGGACGUACGCGUUAUAUAAUAACAGAGUCUUGUAUGGACAAGGGUUGAAUGACUUGUGUAGUCUAAUCAUGGAAGUUACUCUAGAAGAGUCCGAGAUCUUUUGGCUCUUAAAAUUGGUGAUGGACAUCAUGGAGAAGUUCUACGUCCACCAAUCCCCUAAGAAGUCGAACUUCGAUGAAGUCGGGAAGAUCAUCGGAUUCAUUAAUCCAGCUCUCUUCGACUAUUUUAAACGCUGCGGAGUAGACUACUCAUUCUGCUUUAGGUGGAUCGUGUUACUCUUUAAACGCGAUUUCGAGACUAAACUCUGUUUACAAGUGUGGGAUAGGAUCUUUGCAUAUCCAGAAAGAAAUUUAUACUACUUUGUCGCUAGUUCUAUCAUUUUGGAACACGCAGACCAAAUUGUCUCGCAACAAAGAGCUUUUGAUGGAAUGGUAGACUUCUUACAAAAACUCCAUAAAAAAAUCCCAGCUGAAGUCGUGUUUCACUCAGAUAUCAUUUAUCAACAAUUUAAUAAGCUCGCUGUAAAAUAA